GGGUGGGGUUCUCUUAGGCCUCAGCUCCUGUGCAAGGGACACCACCAGCCUAGUACCACCUGAGCUGGGCAAAUCUGCCCUGGGGGACCAGUGUCCCUCAGGACGCCCCCCGAAGCCAGCCACCUCUAGUCUGGACCUCACCGAGACCCUGAGACCCAAGAGCUCCUGCCUGGCUCACCAGUGGGCCCCUGCAGUCCUGCUGGGGUGUGUCCUGGGUCCGGGGUCUGGGCCCCUUGUUGGGCAGGGCAUAUGGGUCCCAGGCCCAGGGUGGUCACACUGCACAGGGCCUGCACCAACCAUCUCUGCUCCCAUGCUUCUUCCUCCAAGAAGCCCAGGUGGGGUGGGAGCCUCUAGUCUCUCAAAUUCUUGUCUUCUGUCCCCUUCCAAGGUACUGUGUCCUUCUAAGUUCCACUCCAAGGCCAUUCCAAUCCCUGCUGGUCAGUCCCUGGGACACAUGCCCCAGUCCCUGAGAUACCUACCCCCCCAACCCUGUGGCCAAGGUGAAGCCAGGGCGUGGGCCUUGUAGCGGGAACUUGUUUUUUUGGUGCCACUGUCAGCCCCUGGGGUUCUCUUGGGCCUGACUGCAGGGACCCCAGCACCCAGAGUCACGGCAGUGGCGGGCAUGGGGAGGGCCUAGCUUGGGACCUCCCUGCUCAGCUCCACAGGCUGCGGGUCGCAGCGGGUGGAGAGAGCGGGGCCCACAGCCUUGGCCAGGAAGAGGGAGGCUGGAGGGUCUGUGCGUGCCCACGCGUGCGUGCCUCGGUCGAAUCUCGACGGGUGGCGCGUCCCUGCGUGUCCCUGCGUGUCGGGAUCCGCUCGCGCGCGCUUCCCCGGAGGCUGUGCACGUGGCCCUCCGCUCGCGCAGGAGGGCGUGGGCGUGGCCUCGGCGUGGGUGUGGCCGUCCGGGGCGGGGCCUCCCGGGGGCGGGGCCGGCCUGGUCCGCGCCGCGACGCGCCCUGCAGCCCCGCGCGAGCCCGCUGCCGAGCGCCCCGUCCCUCGCGCGCGAUGCUCCCCUGGACGGCGCUCGGCCUGGCCCUGAGCUUGCGGCUGGCGCUGGCGCGGAGCGGCGCGGAGCGCGGUCCCCCAGCAUCAGCCCCCAGAGGAGACCUGAUGUUCCUGCUGGACAGCUCUGCCAGUGUGUCUCACUACGAGUUCUCCCGGGUUCGGGAGUUUGUGGGGCAGCUGGUGGCUCCUCUGCCCCUGGACACCGGGGCCCUGCGUGCCAGCCUGGUGCAUGUGGGCAGCCGGCCGUACACCGAGUUCUCCUUCGGCCAGCACAGCUCAGGCAAGGCUGCCCAGGAUGCGGUGCUCGCCUCGGCCCAGCGCAUGGGCGACACCCACACUGGCCUGGCGCUGGCGUAUGCCAAGGAACAGCUGUUUGCUGAAGCAGCAGGUGCCCGGCCAGGGGUGCCCAAGGUGCUGGUGUGGGUGACAGAUGGCGGCUCCAGCGACCCUGUGGGGCCCCCCAUGCAGGAGCUCAAGGACCUGGGCGUCACCGUGUUCAUAGUCAGCACUGGCCGGGGCAACUUCCUGGAGCUGUCGGCCGCUGCCUCGGCCCCUGCUGAGAAGCAUCUGCACUUUGUGGACGUGGAUGACCUGCACAUCAUCCUCCAAGAGCUGAGGGGCUCCAUUCUCGACGCGAUGCGGCCGCAGCAGCUCCAUGCCACGGAGAUCACGUCCAGCGGCUUCCGCCUGGCCUGGCCACCCCUGCUGACCGCAGACGCUGGCUACUACGUGCUGGAGCUGGUGCCCAGUGCCCAGCCAGGGGCCGCGAGACGCCAGCAGCUGCCAGGGAACGCCACGGACUGGACCUGGGCCGGCCUGGACCCGGACACGGACUACGACGCGGCGCUGGUGCCCGAGUCCAACGUGCACCUCCUGAGGCCCCAGCACCUGCGAGUGCGCACGCGGCCAGGCGAGGCGGGGCCGAGGGUCGGGGGACCGGAGUCGGGGGCUGCGCCGGUCCCCACCCAGCCCGUGGCCCUCCCCGCCCCGGAGGAGGCCGGCCCGGAGCGCAUCGUCAUCUCCCACGCGCGGCCGCGCAGCCUCCGCGUCAGCUGGGCCCCGGCGCUGGGCGCGGCCGCCGCGCUCGGCUACCACGUGCAGUUCGGGCCGCUGGAGGGCGGCGCGGCGCAGCGCGUGGAGGUGCCCGCGGGCCGCAACUGCACCACGCUGCAGGGCCUGGCGCCGGGCACCGCCUACCUGGUGACCGUGACCGCCGCCUUCCGCUCGGGCCGCGAGAGCGCGCUGUCGGCCAAGGCCUGCACGCCCGACGGCCCGCGCCCGCGCCCACGCCCCGUGCCCCGCGCCCCCACGCUGGGCGCCGCGAGCCGUGAGCCGUGAGCCAGCUUGCCCGCCCCGCCGAGAGGGCCGGCGCCGACCUCAGGGCCCCUGUGUCCCGAACCCAGCGCGGAGGCGGCCAGCGUCGAGGUUUUGCCCGGGAGACGACGGGUGCAGGCCCGGCCUUUCCCCACGCGGACUCCGCGCGACCCCGGCCCUCUGUCUCCCCGCGGCCGCAGGGCUCCCUGCCUGGCGCCUGCCCUCCAGGGCUCGGGCCUCGCCCGGAGGGACCCCGCAGCAGCUCCGGCCCAUCCCCGCCCAGAGUCCAGCGUGGUGUGGACCUGUGGGUGGUGUUGAGAACAUCAGAGAUAGGACUGUCCGGGGAGGAACCCAGUCAGACUCCCACGUGUGAAGUAGGCCGUGCCCCAGGUGGCAGGGCUGGCCUGGGGGAAGGCAGCUUGGGCCCUGGGUGUUGGCAGAAAGUGGAGGGAAUCACGGCAGAAGCUGGCCCAGGUCAGGUCCCCAAAGGCUUCUGGAGAGAAGGAAGGGCAGGUAGGAGCACAGGGAUGCUGAGGGUGUGGCCAGCAUGCCCAGCCGGCCGGAGGGCAGUGCCUGCUGGGGACGGUGGCCCUGCCGUCAUUCCCAGGACGCCAGCUGGGUCCAGCUAGCAGCCACUGGGAAGCACAGGAAUGGGGCAGAGCCGGGCAUUCAGGACUGUGGGGACAGGAGGCGCCCCCCACCCCACUGGAAGCCUUCCCUGGUGUGGGGACACUUCCCAGGGCUGCAGGGAGGAUGCUGUCCAGGGAGAUGAGGUCUCACCAUUCGUGCAGGGUCCUGUGUCCUCUUUUGGCUGUGAGGGGUCAUACUCGCUGCCCUGGGGCCCGAGGGUGAAUCAUCCAGGGUGGGGGUGCCUGGCUAGGUGCAGCCCCACCCCGCCCCACCCCCAGGACCGCGGCAUCACGCAACGCUCACCUUGCCUCUUCUCCACUAACGUACCAGACUUUACAAUCCAGUAAAUCAGAUGUACACCCAGC